AAUGCAUGACUUGCACAUGUUCUGCAUGUAAGGCGACACAAAUAAGUGGUAUAUUUAGUUUUCUGAUUUGUGACUUUUCAGGAUUUUGUGUGGAAAGCCAGCAUUUUUCUUGGCAAUAAUGGAUGUUUCUUUUGAAAUAUAAUGCCUUUUAAUAACUAGGAAAAAUGAUAUUGCCUGUACUGAAUAAAAAGCCAGCAUUAUUAAGAAAUGUAAUAUUUGUAACAACUGUUGCAGAUAUUCUAAGAAUAAGCACUGUUGCAGAUAUUCUAAGAAUAAGCACCUCUCUCUUUCUCUCUCUCUCUCUCUCUCACACACACACACGCACAUGCCUGUUCUGUGUGUGUGUAUAGAAUGCUACACCGACUUACAAAAUUUUAAGAGCAGAAAGGAUAACAGAAAAUCAGAAAAAGAACAAUACAUGAUAAUAAAAGCCAUACAAUAAAUAACCUAUAGAAUAGAGCCAAUUAAACAGCAGCAAAAGCAUAAUAAUCUGUCUUAUUAUCUGGAAAAUAACCUAAGCCUUUAUUAAAUGCUUGACUAUCCUGUGUAAACUACUUGGGAGAGCACACAAAACUUUUUAAAGUUAUUUGUUUAAAGGAUCUAAAAUGCUUUUGUGAGCAAAGCUUACCCAGCCUAGCAACAGUUACUGGGUGAGAAGUUAGCCUAUAUUAUGAGACCUCUCACAGCCACAUGAUAGGCAGAGCUCCUUAACACCAGGGCUGCAGCUGAAGCGGGUAUCAUCUUGCCAUCAAAUAAUCUCACCAAACAAUGGUGAAACCUUUCUCUCUCUCCCCCUAGCAUGCACAGAUUCUAAGAAGACAAUUCAGUUUAGGCUAUGAGAACUAAGAUUUCGCUUCCUCAUCUAGUCCUCACUUGCCAUUGGAGGAGGAAAAAUCUUGACUGCAAUCAUGAUUAGGAAUCCAGAUUUUGACACAUUUGUUUGUUGUGCUGUUUGUUCAAAACUAAUUCCACCACCUCCUAGACCAGAGACUUUUGAGCGGAUUCGAGAAUACAAGCCUUACAAAACUCGGUAUUAUACACACAGAGAUAUAUUGGAAUUGGGAGCUGACAUUAAGCAAGCAGAAGCAGAUAGAAGAGAAGCAGAAGUACAACAACGAAUUGAAAAAGUGCAAGCUAGACUAUUGCUCCAGGCUGCAACAGAAAGAGAGGAUGCUGUGGAAGAUGCCCUCAAUCGUGCAGCAGCUCUACACCAGCAAGAUAUUGAAGCCCUUAAAGAGAAAGACGAAAAAGCAUUACAAGAGGCUGUGAAGAACACAAGGAUAGAAAUGCUCCAUCACCUGGAACUGGAACUGAAAAGAGAAUCGGAAGCUGCUGAGCAGAGGAUGACACACAAACUUCAGCGACUCAUGCUGGAGCUCGCAAUGGAGAAGUCGAAAGCCGUUGCUGAAGCUAGACAGGAAGAGAGGAACAAAAUAUCUGGAAUGCUUGACAAGCAAAACAAGAGGUUUUUGGAACAAUUCCGGAAAGCUGGAGAGAUUGCCAAUGAAAUUUAUCAGAAGAACCUGCAGCAGUUGUCCGUGGAGAAAAAAUAUGAAAUGGAAAUGGCCUUUAAAAUCUCCCAGAAAGAGUUUCAGGAAGAAACUGAGAAACUUAUCAAAAGCGCAGAAAAUCUCCGUGAGGCUCAGUUGGAAGAGGUGUCACAUGAGGUGAGCAGGAAAAAUGGCGAGAUCCUGACUCUUAGCCAGCAACUGGAAAGCAUGACAGACUGGAAAGAUAGCCUGGAAGCAGAAAUAUUAGAAACAAGAGAAGCAUUUCAGAAAUACAUUAACCUCACAUUUCCACAACUUGCACCAGGGCAAGCAGACUUUAUCUUACCAUUCAGAAAAGUAUCUCAGUUUGUUGACUCUGGUGUAGAAACGUAAGCUGAAUGACAACCAGGAAGGAGUUCUGCCUGUUUGCUGCAGCCAUCCAGUCUUGCUGUUGAGGAGUUGCUUAACUGCUGGGGAAGGAGGAGAAAUAAAUCCAUCUUCUCUCACUAA